GCGGUAAAACCCUCACUCGCACCCCAGUACCUGGUGCCGGUCAACCGAGGGUGAGAUUCUUUGGCCGAAAAAAGAAACGAGAGGAAACAAGCGGGAACGAGUCCGGAAGUCUUUGCUUUCAAUUUAAAUAUAUAUUUCUCUUUCUUUCCCUCUCUGUUUUUUUUUGUCUCGAUCUCUUUCUCCUUCACGGAUUUUCGUGAGCGCGGAACCGCGACGACCCCGAACGACCGCAUCCGUAAGGCGAUAUGAGGUCCUGGUUAUUGUGGUUGUCGAUUCUGUUGGUCGUCCUGGCCGACAGAGGCUUCGCCAGUCCUUACUUCGACGACGGUGAAGACGCAGGCGAUUUCCAAGGUGACGACUCCUCGGAUUAUACAGACAAUGCUUUGGAGAGUCUGAUGCGAGCGGCGCAAAAACGUUCCUCGUUGAUAUACCUGUACAGACGUGCUUGCAUAAGACGAGGAGGCAACUGCGAUCACCGGCCGAAGGACUGCUGCUACAGUUCCAGCUGCCGCUGUAAUCUCUGGGGCUCCAAUUGCCAAUGUCAACGGAUGGGUCUCUUCCAGAAGUGGGGCUAAACACGUUAGCCCUUUCUCUCCCUUUUUCCACCCUUCCAACCACUGUCCUCUCUUCCGCUCUGAUGAGUCUUCCUACGCGCGUCUCGCGCGUCAACUUUCCCACUUUCUUUUUUCCCAUCUUUUUUUUUCUUUCCCUUGUCUCUUUAUUAUACGCAGGAGAUGAUCCCGGACGACGAUAUCCCACUUCUUCUCUUCGCGAGCACACUCGGACGUUCCUCCCGUACAAUUUAACCCCCACCCGAUAAAUAUACAUAUACAUAUAUAUCUGUCCCGUGGGAAUAAUUCUCUAAUGUGUCUUCAGCAUUGAUGCUUAUAUCAAUUUACAAUCUCGACUAGAACGAAGGCCUCGAUGAUUACGCUUGACUACUCUUUUUUUCUGGUUUUCUUAGAUCCCUUUUAGUCGCGCAUAUAAAUACGAUUAAAUUGGAGCAGAUUAGCUCUCGAGAAAAUCUUUGAAUGCUUUAUCUUCUAUACUAACGUGCCAGUCUCUCCCUCGAUACUACCUCUCUCGCGAUAUUCAAUUUGUUCGAGGACCGGUUGCGCCAAUUAUAAUUUAAUUAAAAAUCGUUAAUGUCUUAACGAUUUAAAAAGAAUAAAAUAUGUAACGCCGAGAGUAAAACAUUUAAUAUGAUAAUUCUCACGAGAAUCACGAUCUUCGUGAGAAUUAUCAUAUUAAAUGUUUUACUCUCGGCGUUACAUAUUUUAUUCUUUUUAUCGUAUUCGUUAUUUAUUUAUCAAAAAUUCUCUUCCCUGAAAUUUCCGCUUUUGAAUUUUUUAUCAACGAAAGUCGUCGUCGAAUCGGAGCAGAAAGUGGCAAAUGCACGUAUUUAAAGAACCUUUUUGCAAUUCGGUCAGAUCUUUCGAACAAAAAAGAAUACAGCCAUGAGAAUAUAUUAUAUCUGCUUUUUAAAUGUUAUCACUUUCGCUUAACGCUGGCAAAAUAAAUUUCGAAAUAACUGAUCUCACGAAUUUUGCUAUUCAAUCUCUAAAAUAUAUAUGUGAUAAAAUUGAAAAUUGCGUUGACUUCGUGACGACAACUUUUUCAUGAAAGAACUUUGAUUGGAGAGAAAAAGUUUAUAUCGUUUAUAUCCUCCCCUAGAGCAUAAAAAAAAUUUUUUUUUAAUUAAACUAUAUAAAUAAAGUAUUGUAAAAAAAUACCUUCGAACUAACAUAUACAUAUGUCAAAAUAUUGAUACAAAAUUGUCAAACGUAUUUUUAAAUUGUAUCGCAGUUUUGAUCUGCCGCGCUGCUUCCUUUCGACGAUCCUUUCGGAUUUUCAAGAGUUUAUCUACAGAGAAUCUAUAUAGCUCGACUCUCCCGUUAUGAAUAAAUAAAAAUCCACGAAAAAUCUCAACUAUCUUACAUACGAGAAAUGUGAUUCUCUUCUCACGGAGAAUCAAACACGAUUCUCUCUCGUAUAUCUAUGGAACUUCGCAAUCUUUCUGGACGGGACGGAAAACGAGAUUCCAAGGAAAAACGUAAGCGAAGAGAUGCCGCGAUAUAUAUAUAUAUAUAUAUAUAUAUAUAUAUUUAUAUAUAAAUAAAAUUACGGGAACUACUGCUCUCUGAUUGGAGAUAUCUCUCCGGCCACUUUCGCCAAUCAGAUCGUCGGUGUUCCUUGCCUCGAUCACUCCGUCGAGAAUGAUUGCGAAUAAUUGAUGGGGUAAUUAAGAUUCAAUGUAACGGGAGAGAGAUUUCUUCCGCUCAACCACGGAAACGACGAUCAAGAGAAUUAUUGUAUAGUCGUCUCAGCAGAGAGAUAAUUAAUAUGUAUAUGUGGUAUAUCUAAAAUGACGGCGAUUUUAUUUAAAAGCAUAUACCUCUUGAGCGGUAUAUAUAUACAUAUAUAUAUAUAUAUAUACAUAUAAAUAUAGAUACAGAUGACAUGCAAUCUACAUUUUCUCUGUACCCCGCCUCUUGAAACUUUAAACACAUUACUUACUUAUAUGUAUGCAUACGAAUUAUAAAGUAUAAAUACUACAGUAAUAAAUGUUAUGCAUUGUACCCGAA